ACCAAGGCAAAGUUGAGCGUGCGCGCAGUUCUCCCUUCCUUUAGUGACCUUCGCAGUUGCUACUUAUUAUUUUUACGGGCGACCUUAGUCCUACUUUCCAAUCCUUCUUGGCUGAGUCCGCUGGCACCGCUUUCUGUCUGCCCUGUCAAACCAGGAAUUGGCCAGGGCUCUUUGUCCCGUUUCUAAUGUCUCGAAAGUAAAGAAUCUGCACCGCGCAGCUCUUAACAACUUGUAGAAACGUUGGUGGUCUCCCCACUAUAGCUGCGGUUUUUCCGCCGGGCAAUUGAGACCGAGAGUAACCACCUUUUCCGACGUAGCCAGGAGAAGUAUUGGCCAUUGUAUGAUCCUGGAAAUAGAUGAGUGUAAAGAAGCCUAUGACUCCCCUGUAAGUUCUGCACCUGUGGAUUGGACUGUCUGCCACACUUGGCUUGUGAAAACUGCUAGGGAGAGGACUGCAAGCUGGAUCCAGACUGUAGUCAAUACUCCUUUGAGAGAAGAACUGAUGGAAGACAACUUUCGUAGGAGAAGGCAUUGAUGAAGGGAAUACCAAGCGAGUGAAAGUAAAAUGUGGAUGUUACUUGCUAAAAACUUGCUAAGGACAAAACUUUAUGAAGACUGCUCUCGAAUUUUGCUGCGAACACCAAAGGGCAAGCUGAGGUCUCAAAAAUAUUUUUCAUUGAGCAGUAAACCUUGGCUACAUUCAGCAAAGAUAGCUCAUGCAGUUCAGACCUUCAAUAUCGGCACAACUAUCCAGAAAGUGGAAACUCUAGAGAAAAAACAGUUUAUCUGUGUUCAUUGGGAAGAUGGCAGUGAGAGCCUUUAUCCUUCAGUGUGGCUACGAGAUAAUUGCCAGUGCCCAGACUGCUUCCUACACUCUGCUAAAGCGCGAAAACUCCUUCUGGAAAAUCUAGAUAUCGAUAUCGAGGUGAAAGAUGUCAUUUUGACAGAACAGAAAAAGAAGGUAAAUAUUGUAUGGCCAGAUGACCACACCAGUGAAUUUGAGGCUGAAUGGUUGAAGAAAAGAUGCUUUUCUGACCAAGCUAGAGCAAAAGCGCGAGAAGAAUUGUUUUUAUCAGAGCGCCAGUAUUGGGGUUCUGAACUUGAACUCCCUACUAUGGACUUUGAAGAAGUACUGCACAGUGAUGAAAGGGCAUACAAGUGGUUGGUUACCCUUAAAAAGGUGGGAAUUGUACUUCUAACAGGAGCUGCUAUCAAACAGGGAGAAAUUCUGAAGCUCGGACAACGCAUUGGUUUCCUUCGCCUCACGUUUUAUGGGCCUACUUGGCAAGUGCAAGACAAAUUGGAUGCCAACAACGUGGCGUACACAACUGAGAAGCUAAGUUUUCAUACCGAUUACCCUGUUCUACAAUUUCCACCAGGGAUUCAGUUUCUGCAUUGUAUAAAACAAACUUCUACUGGAGGGGAGAGUGAAGUUGUGGAUGGAUUUCAUGUAGCCAAUAAGUUGAAGGAGCAAAAUCCUUGUGCCUUCAAAAUCUUGACCUCUACAUUUGUAGAUUUCACAGACACUGGAGUUGAUUACUGUGAUUUUGCCAUGCAAGCCAAACAAAGAAUUAUAGAUGUAGAUGAAAAGGGCCAAGUGAUUCGUAUCAAUUUUAACAAUGCAACCAGAGAUACAAUAUUUGACAUACCUGCUGAAAAAGUAAAGCCAUUUUAUGCUGCUCUCAAGGACUAUGUUGUUCUCCUAAAUAGCACGGAUUAUAAAUAUUCAUACAAAAUGAAGCCAGGUGACAUAGUGGUAUUUGAUAAUUGGCGUUUACUUCAUGGUCGGCAGAGUUAUCAGGCAGGAGCAGAAAUAUCCCGUCAUCUUGAAGGAGCCUACGCAGACUGGGAUGUAGUAAUGUCAAGACUCCGAAACUUACAAAAGAAUGUUCUGGGGCAACAAUACGUUUGAAGCUUGCCCUAAAGAGAACUCUUGGGAUUAGAUUUUUUUCCAUAACGGAAAGUGAACAUGAUAUAUUCCCAGUUUAUUCAGGGCAUUCCUGAAUAAGCUAGGUGUUGUCUAUUGUGUUGAAUAUGUAGAUGAUCUCUUAAACAAAGAAUAACAUGGGUUCUUACAGGUAGUCCUCAAUGUAUGUCUGAUUGGUUAGUAACCGUUCAGAGUUAUGACACACAGAAAAAAAGGACUGUUAACCUGGCUCCCCCCCCCCAAUGUGAAUAUAUUUUGGGUGCUCAGCAACCUGCCUACAUUUGCAGCCAUUUAACGCAUUCUGCAGUCAUUUGAUCACAAUUUACAAUAUUUUUUUGCCAGGAAGUGAUGCUUAUCUCCAAUUUGCAGCAAAAAUCAUUCUUUGCAGACAAUUGGUUCACUUAACAACCUUGGCAUUUGCUUAACAACUGUGAUGGAUCCACUUAACAAUCAUGGUGAUAUGCUUAAUGACCAUUGUAUAAAAUGUAAAAAUGAAUUGGUGAUGUGAUGACCUGCUUAACAACUGGCAUGACUUUUGACCAUAAUUCUGUUCUUAAUUGCAAUCAUAAAUUGAGGACUAUUUGUACUGUGAGAAAACAUAGUUUGCCCUUUCUUGCUAAUUAGAGUCUGAGCAACUUCCAAGUUUUCCAAAGAAUGUUGAAGAAUAAACUAACAAAAACCAAGAAUAGCAUGUAAUGUUGAAAACCUUUAACAAAGUCUUGUCCAUUUUGGAGGCAGAUGCAUUGAGGAUAGGAAAGAAAUCAGAGGUGGAAUGGAAAGUUCUCUUUAUGAAGUGAGAAGUUCAUUGCUAUUAAUCCUCUGAAAUCAGGUUAUUUUCUUUUCACAGCCUUAAAAGUUAAUAGUCUGUCUCACGGACAUUUUUGUGGAGUAUAAACUGACUCAUAGGCACAAACCAAAACAAUAAUUAACAAAAACAAGAAUUUUUGUUUCAGUUUUCAAAGUCACAGUAUGUUGUUCUUAUAUUUGUAAUGCCUUAUGAACACCAACAUGGGACGCAGUAGCUCAGUAGUUAGGAUCGUUAAAGAUCGGCAGUUCGAGCCCCGAGUGCUGUGAGACAGAGUGAGCUCCCAUCACUAGUCUCAGCUCCUCCCAACCUAGCAGGUUGAAAGCAUGCAUAUGCAAGUAGAUGAAUAAGUGCAUAUAAGCAUGCAGGAAAGUAGCAGUGUUCCAUGUUUCACUGAACACUCUGUGCUGAGGCGUGAUGUCAUGCUAGCCACAUGAUCAAUUGUCUCUGAACAAUGCUGACUCUUUGGCUUAAGAAAGGGAGAUGAAAAUUAAAAUUGGUCACAACUACAGAGUAAUAUGUAGACCCAUGGGGACACCUUACCUCUUUUUUUUUUCUUAUGUAGACCAACACAUUUUAUUUUGCAAAUGAAAAGUUAAAACUCAUGUGAAACAAGCUAGGAAAAUUUUAAGCAUCAUGAAAUUUUACUAAAUUAAUACAUUCAUACAAAAAUAUGUGUCAUGAAAAUUAUAAUGAAAUAAGUGUAUGCUUUUUACAGCUCCUAAAAUUUUAUAUCAUAGAAUGGCAACAAAUUCUUGGAAGAAUCAAACCACUAUGCACAACAUACUGAGCUUAGCACAAUGUAUGAAUUAUUUUAAUUCUGGUUCUUUCUAAUGAUAUCAUGCAAAAUGAAAUAGUGUCCUGACUAUUUUUCAAAAGUGACUUAAAAGAACUAAGAUGAAUUUCUUUUGCACAAGAGUAGAUCUUACAUAAUAGUAAAGAAUCUCCCGUGCAUACUGUUGCUGUGAUUAAUUUUUAUGGUGCUUUUUUUUCCCUCUUGACUUGCAGCAAAGAAGUUGCAAGUUGGAGUGUCUUAACUUUUUAUUGAACUGUCAUUUAUUCUCCCAAAUUCAGUUACAUUUAUUGUUUUGACCAUUGGUUGUAACAAAUAAGAUGAAACCUGCACAAAAUAUUAAUAAAAAGAUUAAAAUGUGCAAAAAUCAGUAAAAAAAAA